CGGUCAUCUGACGUCCAUCGUUUCUGCUCGUUCCCGGCGUUAGCAGAGAAAGGAGAGCGCGGCUCCGCGGUGCGCGUGAGCUGCGUGUGCACGGAGAGCCUGUUACUUGGUGUCAAAAAAGGGUCUAAUGGAGACGCAUGAACAGGAGAGCUCUGAUACAGAGCCGGGCGCCAUGGAGGUUAAUGCCGGUUACCUCCAGCAGUUAAAAGAUCUGGAUAUCCCAGAAGAAGAAGCCAAAAAGGCUCUAAUCCUAACUGGAAACAUCUCGGCAGAAGAGGCUGCAAUAUUUUAUUUUGACAGCUUAGAAGAUCAGAACCCAGAAGGGGAAGAGGAGCAAAAUUAUUACAAAAUGGUGUUUGUAGUAAAUACGGAGCUGCCAAUGGGCGUGGGAAAGGUGGCUGCGCAGGUUGGGCACGCAGCACUCGGCUUGUAUCAGCUCCUGCUGAAGGACUCAACGACCCGGGACAUCGCCUGUAAAUGGGAUGAAUAUGGGGCGAAGAAGGUUGUCCUUCAAGGUUCUAACACCAUCCACCUAUUGGAGCUGCAGGCACUGGCCAUGAGUAUGAAUUUACCAACCUACCUGGUUCAGGAUGCAGGCAGGACCCAGAUUGCAGCCGGAUCAUACACCGUGCUGUCUAUUAUGGGUGAAGAGGAGCGCGUGAACAAGGUGACCGGCAAGCUGAAGCUGCUGAACUGAAGGAGCAGCGGGGAGGUCAGCGCGGUUCGGUGGUGGUGGCGGCGGCCGGUGGUCUUGGUGGAAUGAAGGCUGGCGCAGAAGCCCAAUGCUUUGUGAAAUCAGAUGUGCGAAAUCUACUCCUUUUACCGCACAGACGGCUCGUGUGCGAUCAGAGAAGUUCCAAGGCCUUCAACUCACAGAUUUACAUCUUAGUGCACGUCUCCAAAAAAAAUAGCGCCGGCAGAAAACCGCAGCCGUUAGUGCUGCCAAAAGACACUAGUGGAACAUGGCUUAGCAUCUCAGCCAAUCAAAGUGGAUAUUACUCUUUUAGCAUAACCGUUUGCUAUUUGCCAAACAGUUUCACUGUAACCAUGGGAUCGUAUAUCCACUUUCAUUCUAAAGCGGGUCAUCAGUAGCGCCAGUGUAUUUGUUUUCUUUGUGGUUACAAAGGGUACGUUAACUCUGCGGAAAAAAUAAA